CACUUCCUUGCGAAUUCACCGUACAGAUAGAUGGAUCACGAUUGUCACCCACUUUCUCCCUCAGCACCUACUACUUCCCCGCUUCCUCCUCCUUCUCCAGACGGCUUUCAGAGAAGUGCCCUUAAGUACAAGGAGGAUCAGAUAGCAAAAGGUGAAAACUCGAGAAAAAUGCUCAGAAAAAGAUCAAUGGAUGGUUUAUAUUUGGUUUUAAUUACGAAGCUGCUGCUAGAUUAUAUGCUGAAGCUGCUGAGUGUUACAAAAUGUCAAAAUCAUGUAAUUGGCAAGUUAUAUGAGGUUGAGCAAAAUAUUGAGAAAGCUCUUAUUAAUUUUGAGCGGGCUGCUGAUCUGUUUCAAAACGAGAAACUCUCCACAUUUAUUGCAAACGAUUGCAAGCAGAAGGUUGCACACUUUUCUGCUCAACUGGAGCAGUAUUCUAGGGAAAUUGCGAUGAAUGAAGAUUUAGCAAAACAGUCCCUCAACAAAAACCUCUCGAAGUCUAGUGUGAAAGGUUAUCUUCUCAAUGCUGGUCUUUGCCAACUCUUUAAAGCCGAUGCUGCUGCUGUAUCCAAUGCACUAGAGCACUAUGAGGAGUUGGACCCAACUUUUCCAGGAACACAUGAAUACAAGUUUUUGGCUUUUAUUUGUGGUUAGGCCCUGGAGUCCCUUGAUUGAGAGCUCAAUUGCAGAGAUGAAGUCCAUUCCGGUGUGGAUGUUGAUUUACAAAGUUCCUCUUCAUCUCUGGAACAACUUAGGGCUUGGUCCAAUAGCUAGUU